GCCCAUCUCCCCAUUGAAUCAUUCCACACGUCCCCGACUGCGUUUCCAGGGGUCACAUGCUGGCAUCGAAUUACCACGCCGCGGGCGGGCCGGGAGUUCGAACCUUUCCGCGGUCGCUUCGGACCGCCGAGUGCAUUGUGCUAUAAAAGACUGCUAUCGGUUACAUUGAGCGCUCUCCCCAUAGAAAAAUGCAGCUCUCCGGUUCCCUCCUCAAGUGUCUGGGUCUGCUCUCUCUGGCAGCCGGUGCGCUCGCCACCGGCGAAAGGUCGGAGGAACUGAAGGGGAAGUGCACGCUCAAGGCGUCUGGAGGGGACGACGCCCCGCAGUUCCUGAAGGCCGUCCAGUCGUGCUCGGAGGUCAUCAUCCCGAAGGCGACGACGCUCAAUAUCGCGACGCGCCUUAACAUGACGGGGUUGUCGGACAAACACAUCAGAGUGAAAGGGACGAUACGAUUUAGUCCGGACAUCCCGUACUGGAGCACCAACGGCUUCCCAUUCGCCUUCCAAACUCAGAUCACUUUCUGGAUUCUCGGCGGAGAAAACAUCAUUCUCGACGGGGGAGGAACGAUCGACGGUGCCGGUCAGCCGUGGUACGACGCAUUCGCGCUGAACAAGACUUUGGCGCGGCCGAUCAUGCUCACGAUCUUCGAAGCCAAGAAUGUGCUCGUCGAAGACAUCAAGAUGAUCGACUCGCCCGAGUGGUUCCACUUCCUCAGCAACGGGCAGAACGUCACCUACAACAAGCUGAAUAUCAGUGCCGUGAACGCUGCCGGCACGGAGGCCAAGAACACCGAUGGGUGGGAUAUCUACCGCUCUUCUGACGGCGAGUUGCUCCGCGUUAUGCCUAUCGUGUCCUCACGGAGCCUUCCAGUUGUCAUUAAAAACUCCGUCAUCAACAACGGAGACGAUUGUGUUUCGUUGAAGCCAAGUCAGAUUAUUCGUGUCCUCGGACGCAUCUUUCUCAACUUUCACAGAUGUCACGAAUGUCCUCGUCUCGAAUUUGAAGUGCAACGGAAGCCAGUACUGGCAUAUCUAUGGGGUAAUGCAUUGAUCCUGAUAAGACGAACCUUGGCUGAUCAAGUCAGGUCGCUGGGACAGUACCCGGGCAUCUUCGACUAUAUCGAGAACGUGGUAGCCACCGACGUUGUGAUGUCUAACGCUCAGAACGGCGCCCGUAUCAAGGCCUUUGCCGGGCCGAACGUGGGCAGCGGCAUCGUCCGCAAUAUCACGUUCGCGCAUUUCACGGAAUCGCUGGUGGACAACCCGGUUGUCGUUGACCAGUGCUAUAUGACAAACGCGACGGCUUGUGCUGCAUUCCCUUCGAACGUGAUAAUUGAGGAUGUGUGGUUCAACAAUAUCUCGGGCACUGGGAGCGGUUCCUUGGUUGCCAGCAUCGGCUGUUCUCCGGGCAACCGCUGCUCCGACAUCAACGUCAACAACUUCACACUCAGCGCCGCGCCAGGGCACGGAUCCGCAGUGUACCAGUGCCAGAACACGAAUCUGACGGGCAAUGCCGUGGAGCUGUUCCCGACAUGUACCGUGACGUAGACUCUAAUAAUUUUAUUUAUGACAAAAUAACGGAAUAGAGUAUGUGAUGUUCGA